AUGUCUGACAGUUUCAACAUCGACACAUGGACGUGGAUCACUGGUGCCAUCAGCCUCGCCACUGUGUUACCUCUACUCUACACUUUUGUCAUGACCCAAAUCCCCUUGACGAAGGUGAAAGCUCUCGAAGAGGCCAUAGAUGAUACGAAGGAUCUCCUCGACUCUGUGAUCGAAAGAGGACUACUUUCGGAUGUGGGUUACAUCGCUAAGAGCAAGCUAGCUCUAAUCAGCAUUGAGGGGCAUGCGAUUGACUUCAAACUAUCCGCAUACUCUGCAAAGACCCUUGGACAACAAAUCAAGGGCAUGGUCACGGGCGUGUCUUACGGUAUCUAUCGAUUAUGCCAGCAAGUCAACAAACUACGCGCCGACAUCUCUGAAACGACAUCUCAAGCACAGAUGCGUCUACAAAGCGAGGGGCGCGCGCCUUUGCUCUCGGCCGAUGACGCCACAUCGACGACUGCACCGUCACCCCGUACCCAGGAAACACCAGAGCUCGAAAAACACUCCGUGGAUAUCGCCGACCUUGACGACCCGUACGUGCGUACUGUGGAGCUAUCGUACGAGCAGUACGAGCAUUCCGCCCUAUUCGACAAGGAAGCUCGAUGGUCGAUGUCAACAGAUACCCAACACGAACACGCGGUCCACUCCGCGGCGGCUGAGCCCAAUGCCUGA